AUGAAAGAAGGCCACACCAGUGAAAGUGAACAAGAUUCAUCCACUGCUGCCAACAAGAACUUGAAAACUGCAGAUUUUCAGUUUUGGAGGGGGCCACGGUGUGUGAGGCAUAAGAAUCUGGUCAAGGUCAAUUACUCAUGGUUUCAGGACUCUGACAGCGAUGAUGAGUUUAUUUCUGCAACUAUACCUUUAAAUGAGAAACCCAGAACACCACCAAAGGAGUUAAAACUAGAAACAAGGAAACCUAAACUGAAGAAUCUCCAGAAAGGAGAUAUCCCACUGCAAGAGAAAACCCCUAAAAAUAGGAUGGCUUUAGGUGACAAGCUAUACCAGCAAGACUUAGAAGUUGCACUAGCUUUAUCAGUGAAGGAACUUCCAACAGUCACCAUUGAUGCAGAAGAGGCUGGAGAUAAAAGCAUUGAAAAAUGUGACAGUAGUGAAACCAAAACAAUGAGUAAGGACCCUCAUAUCUCCAAUUGCAGUGUAGCCAGUGAUUAUUUAGAUUUGGAUAAGAUUACUGAGGAAGAUGGUUUUCCUGGUGUGCAAGGGAAAAAAGAAGCCGCAUCAAAGACUGUGGUACAACAGAGGAAGAUUCUUCUGGAAGGCAGUGAUGGCGACAGUGCUAAUCACUCUGAACCACACUUUGCAACUGGUGAAGAGUCUGAGGAUGACUCUGAUUUUAGUGAGAGUGAAGACAAUGAUGAAUACUUCACCAUGAGAAAAAAUAAGGUGAAAGAAAUUAAAAAGAAAGAAGUGAAGGUCAAAUCCCCAGUUGAAAAGAAGAAGAAACCUAACUCCAAAUGUAAUACUCUGGAAGAGACUCAGGAGGCUGCUCAAGUCGCUGUGAAAUCAGAACCUCAGCCUUCACCAAAAAAGGUCCCUGUUUCUUCAGAGGCCACUAGGAAACCACUACAAAUAAGCAGUCCUUCAGCUGAAAACAAAAAACCUAAGUGGGUUCCACCAGCGGUAUCUGGAAGCAGCAGCAGCAGGAGCCCACUGGAGAGUCUCCGCCUUGGUUUGUCCAGAUUAAACUUUGCAUCCAAAUGCUGCUAGUAGCUGAGUGUGGUAGUAAACCCGUUUGAUUAAGAGAAUCACAGUUUUACAAGUGUGUUUAUAUUUGAUUUGUGUUUAUAUUUAAGGAGGGUAUCAAAAUAUAAAGGAAUCCUUUAAUGUCCUAUAAAUCGCCUCUACCCAUUCUGUGAUGUUCUCUGAAGCUAUUCAAGACUUCAAUAAAAGGUUUAUCAGAAUUAUCUUGCAAUAUCAUUUCCUUCUGAAGAACAUAUGCUACUUUUCCUGUGUAUAAUAAGUCAUUGUCAUUAAGUGGUUGUCAGUUUGACAUGGAGGAAGUCCAUGUUGCAUGCUGUUCUUUCCUAGAAACAUGA